CACGUUGACAGUAAAUAGAUCAGGUGGGCGUGUCGAGCAUUUGGGAUAUCGUUGUUAAAAGACAUGGACGAGAAAACUCCGUUAGCCGGGUGAGCUCCUGUUGUGUCCGUAGUCCUGUUGUGUCCGUAGUCCUGUUGUGUCCGUAGGCCUGUUGUGUACGUAGUCCUGUUGUGUCCGUAGUCCUGUUGUGUACGUAGUCCUGUUGUGUCAGUAGUCCUGUUGUAUCCGUCCUGUUGUGUCCCUAGUCCUGUUGUAUCCGUAGUCCUGUUGUAUCCGUAGUCAUGCUGUGUCCGCAGUCCUGUUGUGUCCGUAGUCCUGUUGUGUCCGUAGGCCUGUUGUGUACGUAGUCCUGUUGUGUCCGUAGUCCUGUUGUGUACGUAGUCCUGUUGUGUCAGUAGUCCUGUUGUAUCCGUCCUGUUGUCUCUGUAGUCCUGUUGUGUCCGUAGUCCUGUUGUGUCCGUAGUCAUGUUGUGUCCGUAGUCCUGCUGUGUCCGUAGUGAAUAUAAUUGAAUUGUCAAUGUUAGGUAUUCUUCAGCAAGGCUCUUAUUAAUGGCAUGUAUGUGUAACGUUGAAAAUACAUAACAGCUGCAACACAGCUGUAAAGCCACAUUGUUUAUACCGGUAUAUGAAUGACUUUUUUAAGUGGCAUACACCAGUACAUUUAGGCUAGAAACAAAGCAACAUGGCAAUGUAAUAACAAGUUUAGACACGGAUUUGUUUCGGCUGAGCAUAGGGGUGAGGUGAAUAGCAAAUACACCAAAAUCGUUUAGAAAAACUAAACUUCUGAAGAGAUAAAAAAGGAUGUGACAAGAAGAACAAUGCUGUCUCUAUGCUUAGGCGAGUUACAGGGAUAACUUGUCAUAUCAACAUGUGUGUCAGCUGUAAUAUGUUAAACAGGAAGUAGUUUUCCCCCACAGUGACUCAUGUUUCGUACGAUCUUAGGUUCUGAUAAUAGUUCUUACUGUGGGCCAUUCCUAAUUCCUAGCUAUUCCAGUGCUGUACGAUGUGAUUCUCUCUGUUAGUCUCUCCCCUCUCUCUCUAUCAGUCUCUCUCUCCUUCUCUCUCUCUUAAUCUCUCUGUCUCAUUCUCUGUAUCUUAAUCCCCCUUUCUGAUUCUCUCUUUCUCACGCUUUCUCUCUCUCUCUCUCUCUCUUUCUCUCUCUCUCACUCUCACUCUCAAUCUCUCUCUCUCUCUUACGCUCUUUAAGCCUCAUUUUCUCACUCUUUGCCUCUCACUGCUUCUCACUAUCUAUCACUCUCACUUUCUCCCUCACUCUCUCUACCUCUCUCACUCUUGCCACUCUCUCUCUCUCUUUCUCUCGCACUCUCUUUCCUUCUAUCUAGAGCUCGCCCCUUCUCUCUCAAUCUCCCAUUCUCUCCUUCUCUUCCUCUUUCUCACUCUCACUUAUGCAUAUCAUUAUACAACGAUAUUAACCUGCCUGUCUAACUACCUACUUGCCUGUCUGCCUACCUACUUGCCUUUCUUCCUACUUACUUGCCCGUCUGACUACCUACUUGCCUUUCUUCCUACUUACUUGCCCAUCUGCCUACCUACUUGCCUUUCUUCCUACUUACUUGCCCGUCUGACUACCUACUUGCCUGUCUGACUACCUACUUGCCUGUCUGCCUACCUACUUGCCUUUCUUCCUACUUAUUUGCCCGUCUGACUACCUACUUGCCUGUCUGACUACCUACUUGCCUGUCUGCCUACCUACUUGCCUGUCUGACUACCUACUUGCAUGUCUGACAACCUACUUGCCUGUCUAUACAUGAACCCCCAAAAACAGACAAUUCCGUUUAAGUAUUAUUUAACAAUCAAUCAUAAAUCAUACAUUCAUUGUCCACUACACACUUAAAACUACUAUAGGUGUAUGAUUGGAGAGUAGAAUCAUUCAAUUUGAAAUCACUCUAGCGCAUCAUUUAGCAAGGCUUUAACACAAUCUUCACUGUGAUGUUUAAGAUCAGGACAUUGUCCAAGACACAGAGCUAAAGUGACGUCCCUUCAUUAUUACCGUUAUCUUUUUUCAGAGGUCUGGGGACAAACUACUCAGGAGCAGCGCCGUAUCCCCCACAAGGAGCAGCGCCCUAUCCUCCUCAGGGAGCAACGCCCUAUCCACCUCAGGGGGCGCCUCAACCCCAAGGAGGGUAUCCGCCCUACCAGCAGGGAGGUCAGCCGCCGGCAGGUGGGUGUUGGUCACAUGACUUAAUGUUACACUCUAUGACUGUAUGAUGUGAGAUAUGCGUGCAUCAUUAGCUUCACGAUUUCCCGCAUGAACCAUUGCGUCAAUCACAAACGCACAGUGCACUAGUAACGUGGGGUAGCCCAGACCUUGCAUCUACUUUUCCUGAAGAAAGUAAUACAAUGACCGUUGUAGACAGACUGGGGCGCGUGCUAACGAAUCAGAAAUGACUGAGAGCGGUCUUCACUGGCAGAUUCUGAAAAGUUGACGUGUCUUACACAAAACGCAAAGCAACAACUAAACAUUUCUUUUUAAAUUUUGAUCUCAAUAUUUGCUCACCCGAAUGUUUCACUCGAACAGAUGAUUGACAAUAUUAAUCUGAAUUAUUAGUUUAUUCAUUAAUUUUUUAAAUUUCAAACAAUACAAACAGUUUAAAUUAUAGAUAAUUGAUAGAUAACUGAGAGAUAAUCGUCCGAAAAUUGAAAUGGUAUAAGUAUUUUUUUUUUUUGUUUGUUAAAUGUUCCAACCUCAGACGUCUCAUCAAUGCUCACAAAUAGAUCAAUCACAUAUCUGAAAAAAAAAAUUUUUUUUGCCUUUUUUUUUUUGUUUAUACAAGAAACCCACAUUUUUAUUUUAUUGUGCGUAUUCUGCAUGCUAAGAUGUACAUUCUAGAUCAGCCUGCUCCCUUAUAAGCAUAUGCUAAUUAUAGUUUUGGAGUGGGAGCAUAUCCAUCCACUGAAAUCACUUUUGGUCUUAUUUUUGAAUUUAUGCGCAUAUUUACGCGCAUUAGAAAAUACAGAAAAAGGAAUACGAGUUUAAUAUCAUUAUCUGAUCCGGAGUAAAAUACGUCAUGGCUUCUUAGGCACGCUAGGCUCGAAAAGAAAGAGAUGACACAGCCACCCUUCUGGACCCUAAACACAUAUAUUUUUUUUUUAGAAUGGUUUGGUUUCCAUUGCACUUAAACUCAAAAAAACGUAGACAGGGUCAGUGAUAUAUCUUGGUAGCGCAUCACCUGGGGUCUACACAUCUACAAGCCUGUGGUCAAGACCACGCGGCUGGCCGUAGUGGUGCCUCUGCGGAACGAACAAGUGCAUUGAUGGAGUAAUACGUUGCUCUCUCCCUUACUUAGAUUCUCUCGCGUUUAGAUUACGCCUACUAAAACUUUAGGAUCGGAAAAUAUUGUGAAAGUAACAAUAGAUAAUAGUUUACAUUAAUAUUGUGAAAGUAACAAUAGAUAAUAGUUACAUUAAUAUUGUGAAAGUAACAAUAGAUAAUAGUUACAUUAAUAUUGUGAAAGUAACAAUAGAUAAUAGUUACAUUAAUAUUGUGAAAGUAACAAUAGAUAAUAGUUACAUUAAUAUUGUGAAAGUAACAAUAGAUAAUAGUUACAUUAAUAUUGUGAAAGUAACAAUAGAUAAUAGUUACAUUAAUAAUGUGGCGUGUGAAAUACGCACAAAGUUUUUUUUUAGCACAACGGGUAAAGUGUAUUUGACCCAUCUUAUGUAUACAAUUUAGUCAUUUUUGAAUAAUGUAAAUAAAAUACAUGUUUAUAUACAUAAUUCCAAAAGCAUAUGUACCCCAAUUACAAUUCCUUUAUUUGUGUAUACUUAAUCGAGCAGUAUUUUUUUUUUUACAAACUUAGGUGCAGUUCCUCAAGGUCAAGGAGUUCCCCACGGAGCUAUGUCUAGUCCCAACGAAGAUACAGAACCGAGUGCCCCACCCCCAGAGCUGGCGAGUUUGCCCGGUUAUUCAAACAUUGGCUUUGAUGGAGGUACGUAAUAAACCGUGACUCCGCCCCAAGACGCCUCUCCAGGACCCCUACCCAUGACGCCUCCUCACAACGACUCCCCGUGAUGCUCUCCCAUGACGCGUCUUUGUGACGCCCUCCACGACACCUCCCUUGUCGCCUCCCCGUGACGCCUCUCUAUGACGCCCUCCCACGACGCCCUCCCACGACGCGCUCCCAUGACGACCUAUCAUGACGCCUCCCCGUGGCGCCCUCACAUGAUAUCACCAUCUUGACGCCCUGCCAUGACACCCCCUCCCUGGCAAAAGCGAACAGAAGAAGAAAACGAUAGUAAAAUAAUACAUUUAAAAAAGCAAUACCCCAUUACAACUUAACACUGAGCGCAGGGGCAUUCACUUGAGCACAUUUGAGUAAGAGUAUGUACCUAACAUCAAAAUCUACAAAACAAUGCAGUGGGACGGCUAGAUGUUUUGACGCUGGGGGGACGCCUUUGAGUCUGGCACACCAUUAUUAACGAUAACCACAAAGCACACGGAAUACACAUAAAAAGCUAUAUAUAGUCGAUGCCGCUCCAAAAUUAUUUCCCCUCAGGCGUACGCGUCCCACCCCCCACCUUUCCUACGGGCGUGUAGCUAUGUCUGCUCACGAGAAAUUCUGCUCUGCCAAGUUCCAUCUCUCACACACAGAAACACGCUGACGAGUACACAAAUAGUCAUAUGCCUCAUAAAAUUUGAUUGUGCUGGUGUGCAUCAAAAACAAAAGCAACGUACCAAAUAAGAACGUAGAGAUUAAAACAUGACCUGAGGGUUUUGUAUUAAAUAACUGGACUAACUAACGCGCAUUUGCACCACAGAUUUGGUGGAUUUUAAUCAUUAUUAUGACCUUACAAAUCCAAUUUAAAAAAGGCGUGCCAAAAGGAUGGUCCAAACAAAUAGACGACACAAACCAGCUUUGAUCAAACUGAGGUCCUCGGACUUAUGUUUUUUUAUGUUGUUUUGUUCGCUGACGAAGGCUUUCUGCCGACACGUUCGCUGUUUUUUUUGCGUUUACUUUUUCAGAUUUAACCCUACUCUGUUUUAUUGAUUUUCAUAUUGUACUAACCUGAUUGCAGUCUCUCCCCUUAUUACCCUGAAUAGUUUCGGAGCUAUCGAUUGUGUUGUUGAGAUUCAGUGUGGGUUUUCCCCUCUCCGAUAAUGAGAUGGAUUACAGUAACUGACAGCAUGAGUUCCAUCAAAGGUUCUCGUACACCAGUUCAUACGUGUACCCUAACUCCAUCAAGGUCAUCGGCAACGCAAUUUAUGACCCCCCCCCCCCCAAACCAAAAAAACUAAUUCAAUAAAGCUCUAUUAAAAAGCAAAACACUUUUUAAAAUAAUUUAAUUUUUUUUUACUUUUUAUUUUAGACAGCAUGAGUUCCUUCAAAGGUUCUCGUACACCCGUUCAUACGUGUACCCUAACUCCAUCAAGGUCAUCGGCAACGCAAUUUAUGACCCCCCCCCCCAAACCAAAAAAACUAAUUCAAUAAAGCUCUAUUAAAAAGCAAAACACUUUUUAAAAUAAUUUAAUUUUUUUUUACUUUUUAUUUUCUCAUGAUUCAUUUGUCUUUGUGAUUUAGGGACACUUUUCUACACUAGCAAUUUAAAUAAUGCAUUAAAAAAAAAUAUAUAUAUUAUAUAUAAUGACAACUUUUCAAUAUUAAUUUAGUGAGAACUAAUGGGUAUGAUAAUGUCCCUUAAGAAUGAUAAUGUCAUUUUUGCCAAUGUUUUUGAUAUCUUAGCCAUGCUGCCCCCUCCUUCAUAUCAGGAGGUGAUUCAGGAACCACAACAAAGGGCAGCUAUUCGGAGGUAAGCCUGUGAUCAUGGGUUAUUUUUCGUUUAAAAUAUAUUAUUCAAUUAAUUAAACGUGUGUUGUAUCGACUUUGCGAUUAUAUUUAAUUAAAUGACCAAAACAUGUUUUUUUUUAUAAUGUUAUCCAUUAAAACAUAUUCCGAUAAGAAAAUGUCCGGUUGUCAAUCAUCCUUAUUCCAUUAGACCCCAGUAAAAAUAAAUAUUCAUUUGCUAUUUCAUUGUACUUUUGCCAUAUUUACAACAUCACUGACGUUCAGGUGAUAGCUUCAACAAAUCGCUUGACUUCUCCACAGCGGGGCGACAAUCACAGAGGAUCAAGCUAGGGAGGCAAUCAUCGAAUUCGUAUCCGAGCACUGCUGUUAUGGGAAGGGACCGGCCCUUGAAAUGAAAAUCAACGACCUGCAGUCUUCCAGUGCUUUCCAUGUACGUUUGAAAAAUUAUAAUAUCGUAUAUUGUUUUUAAAAAAAACAAACAAAUCACUUUAACAGUAAUAGAUUUUUGAACUGAGCACUGUGGCGUCCUUGGAUUUCCAUGGUUUUCUUUAAAAAAUGUGUUGCGAAGUUAAAAAUAAUAAUUUCGCUAUUUCGUAGUUUGUUUCUUAUAAUUUGUCAUCGGGAGCCUUGAGAAAAACCAGGGUGUAGGUGUCUCUACAGUACAUUCUCAUUGUUCACCGUGUCUCUACAGUACACUCUCAUUGUUCACUGUGUCUCUACAGUACACUCUCAUUGUUCACCGUGUCUCUACAGUACACUCUCAUUAUUCACUGUGUCUCUACAGUACACUCUUAUUGUUCACCGUGUCUCUACAGUACACUCUCAUUGUUCACUGUGUCUCUACAGUACAUUCUCAUUGUUCACUGUGUCUCUUCAUUACAUUCUCAUUGUUCACUGUGUCUCUACAGUACACUCUCAUUGUUCACCGUGUCUCUACAGUACACUCUCAUUGUUCACUGUGUCUCUACAGUACACUCUCAUUGUUCACUGUGUCUCUUCAUUACACUCUCAUUGUUCACUGUGUCUCUACAGUACACUCUCGAGACGUUUGGAGAGGGCCGAUCCACCAAAUGGACGUGUCAGCCCUACAUGGGAGAAGGGAUCGUGGUCUCGGGGAGUCCCCCUGGGGCGUGGGACAUACAGGCCCAGCCCCCAGCCAUGUUUCAGACGAACAAACUGGAAGUAGAGGUCCCGAACACUGCAUCGGUCAAGGUGGGUGCUGUAAAUUAAAGGAUUCAGUUGUGGGUGGGAGAGGACUAGAAGUAGUCUUUUGAGCGUGUCAAAAAAGGUUUAAACUAUUUCCUUUUAUAGAAAAAAUUAGAAAGCUGUAGGUUAGUCAAGGUAUGAUACCAAAUAAAGAUUGAAGCAAAUUUAAAAUAACCCUUAAGAAUUACCCGUACUCUAAUAUCAUCAUUUUAGAAUCUUGUUUUAAAUUGAUUUGCUUUGAUUCAUUGGCAGCCUUGUCAUGUCUGCGGUGCCAGAGGUUACAAGUUCUGUUACAUGUGCCUAGGAAGUGGGAGGGUAAGUAACUGUCUGUUGCAUGUGCCUAGGAAGUGGGAGGGGGAGUAACUUUCUGUUACACGUGCUAGGAAGUGGGAGGUGAAGUAACUGUCUGUUAUAUGUGUCUAGGAAGUGAUGGGGUAGAUAAUAAAGUGGGUAUCACUGUGUUUGCAGUGUUACAUACGUGUAAGAUUUGAUAACUACCCACUAUAUUAAUUUUUAGAGGUGUCAGGGCUGCUUACUACCCACUAUAUUAAUUUUUAGAGGUGUCAGGGCUGCUUACUACCCACUAUAUUAAUUUUUAGAGGUUUCAGGGCUGCUUGCUACCCACUAUAUUAAUUUUUAGAGGUGUCAGGGCUGCUUACUACCCACAAUAUUAUUUUUAGAGGUGUCAGGGCUGCUUACUACCCACAAUAUUAUUUUUUAGAGGGAUCAGGGCUGCUUACUACCCACAAUAUUAUUUUUUAGAGGUGUCAGGGCUGCUUACUACCCACAAUAUUAUUUUUUAGAGGGAUCAGGGCUGCUUACUACACACAAUAUUAAUUUUUAGAGGUGCCAGGGCUGCUUACUACCCACAAUAUUAAUUAUCUUCAAAGAACUUUAGGAAAAUAAUAUUACUGUAAAUUUCGAAGUGUUAAUUCUUAGAAUGUGUUCUGUGUGUAACAUCGACUCUCCGUCCAUGCAAUAGAAAGGUCAACUAUUUUUUAGUACAUACAUUAACGCGUGACUCUUUAACCUUUAUUUAAGUUUUCAAUUGAUAACUUCCUCCCACUCGACAGAGACAAUGUGCAUUUUGUAACGGAACCGGCAGAAUUUCUUAUUAUGAAGAUGGUGAACAUAGACACAAGCACUGUCACAGUUGUACCGGGGGGAUGACAACGUGAGUAAGACCACUGGGAGUUGGAGACAAUACAUUCUUCUUAGUUGUACUGUUUUAAUGCUUUAGAGCAGGGGUCACCCAAACUUUUUUCACCGCGGGCCGGAUAUUCAUUCUGUACAAUAAUUGCGGGCCAGAACAAAAGCUCUGAUAAAAAAGACGAAAAUCUAAGUUUAGUAUUCCAUGUUAAUCAUGGGUGAGUGGCGUGCAAUGCACAAAAAAACAAAAUAAAAAAAACAAAGACAGCCAACAUAUUUAUUUACUAAAAAGGUUUUGAAAGAAGGCGACGUUAGCAAAAAGAUAGUUACAUCAGACCUAGUGCGCACAGAUUCGAAUCUCACAAGCUUUAGUGAGAUUUGUGAAACUAACGUUUGGCUUUCAAGAGAUCACAACUGUUUGGUUUGCAAUUGCUGCAUCCAAUGCAGGGAAUUGCCCUCAAGUGUUCAUCACUCACUCUCGUUCGAUGUGUGACUUCACAUACUUUAUGGAUAUUUAUUCUUAUUUAUUUAAUUUUUUUUUUAAGCCAGCUUUUUCCCUUUAAAAAAAAAACAAACAAACUCAGAUUACAUGAUCGUUUAAAAAAAAAAAAGAUGUUUUAUUUUAUGCUGAUCUGAGUUCGAGUUUGAACCACGUUGAAUUUCACCAGUAAAAUUAUUUUUACCAUUGAUAGAGACUGUGAUAAUGGUGUUUGUUGGUCCACUCAAUAUAAAAUAAUAUCUAGAGCAAAUGCACGUCUGCAAAUAAAAAUAAUAUAAAAAAGUGACCACAGAUUGCAAUAUAAACGUCGGUCAUCUAUUUUUAGAAGUUAACUGUUUUGACGACAGCUUAACUCGAUCCCACAUAGGCACUGCCAUGCAUGGGCGCCCGCAGGGGGGGCAAGGGGGCACUUGCCCCCCCCCUGGAUUGAUUGGAUAAAAAAUUUUUAGACAAAAAUAGACAAAAAAUGUAUUAAGGUAAAGAGAAAAUAAAGAGAAAGUAACUAAGCUGAUGACCUGUCCGUUCGUUCACCAUACAAAUACGCAACUACAUUAAAACAUUACUAAAAAUUCCCCCCCCCUAGAAAGUUAAUCGAUUUUUUUGCCCCCCCCUCCCCCGUAGAAAAUUUUCUGCAGGCGCCCAUGCUGCCAUGCGAGUAAAUAAUAUAUUCAUUUUACAUGCUGUGCGUCUAUUUAUUUACUAAUAAGAUACUGUAUUUUAAGAUUUAAGAGUUCGAAGGUGAACAGGUCUGUAAUAAAGAAGGAAAUCUAGAUACAAUAAUUUAAAAUUUAAAAUAGUAAUUUAAGGCGCUUAGAAGCCAGAAAGUGUCCGCACGGGUGAAGAUCUCCUAGUAUUCUAAAAUAAUGUUUAAAUUGUAUUUAAACGUCUCCUUAUCCAUACGUUUUAUGAAAAAAUUCAAGAACUGUCGUCGGGCCGGUUGAACUGACGUCGCGGACCGGAUCGGGCCCGCGGGCCGUAGUUUGGCGACCCCUGGUUUAGAGAUAAGGUAUUAGUGAUAGAUGUAUAGUUACAAAUGGGUUAUAGAGAGGGUAUAUUUUAUAACGUUAUUUAACUGUGCUAGAGACACUGCUGUUUCUUACCCCCUCCAAACCCCGAACUUGCUGAUGCUGGCUAAACCAUAAGGUGUCUCUGGCUAAACCAUAAGGUGUCUCUGGCUAAACCAUAAGGUGUCUCUGGCUAAACGAUAAGGUGUGUCUGGCUAAAAAAAUAAGGUGUGUCUGGCUAAAUCAUAAGGUGUUUAUGGCUAAACCAUAAGGUGUGUCUGGCUAAACCAUAAGGUUUGUCUGGCUAAACUAUAAGGUGUGAAUGGCUAAACCAUAAGGUGUCUCUGGCUAAACCAUAAGGUGUUUCUGGCUAAACCAUAAGGGUACUCUGGCUAAACGAUAAGGUGUGUCUGGCUAAAAAAAAUAAGGUGUGUCUGGCUAAAUCAUAAGGUGUUUAUGGCUAAACCAUAAGGUGUGUCUGGCUAAACCAUAAGAUUUGUCUGGCUAAACUAUAAGGUGUGAAUGGCUAAACCAUAAGGUGUGAAUUGCUAAACCAUUAAGGUGUGUUUGGCUAAACCAUAAAGUAUGACUGGCUGAACCAUAAGGUGUGUGGCUAAACUAUAAGGUGAAUCUUGCUAAGCAUUAGCUGUGACUGGCUAACCAUUAGUUGUGACUGGCUAACCAUUAGUUGUGCCUGGGUAACCAUUAGUUGUGUCUGGCUAACCCUUAGUUGUGUCUGGCUAACCAUUAGUUGUGUCAGGCUUAACCCGCAGGAGUCAUCGUCAUGCCCCUACACUCCAGCCAGAUCACAGAAGGUGAGUUUUCUGGAGGGUCACAGAAUCGGACAGGAGCCAUAAUGAUCAACAAAUUGAUCGUGGGUCCCUCAAAUAUAAGAAGAAGAAGAAGAAGGACAGCGAUUUACAAGUGAUAAGAUGUGACCAGAGCGCUUUGUAUUGCAGAAUGGAUAUCUAAUAGUGUGGUCUGUAAACAGAACAAACAAAGCUCCAUCAUAAAUUAAACACUUUUGUGUGCAUCUAUCCACAGGUGCUUCACGUGCAACGGAUCAGGUCGGAUCGAAUGUCGCAAGUGUAAAGGUCGUGCCAAUCUGCGCUGGUUUAUCCAGUUAACAAUUAACUGGUAAGAUUUGAAAAAAAUCAUGUCAAUAGUUAUACGCCGUUCUCUUUUUGGCUAAGAUGAGCUACUUCAUCAUGGUAUUUGGUAUUCGUUAAGCUUUUUACAUUUUCGCUCCUCUCAAGGACCAAUCAUUUGGAGGACCACAUCGUUGAGAGAACCGCCUUACCCGAUGAACUCAUUCGGUCAGUGUCAGGAGAAGUGGCUUUCGAAGAAACUUCGCCAAGGGUGGGUCUUUUGAAUUAAUUAGUUAUGGGCAUUAGAGAGGUGGGUCUCUUAAAAUAAUUAGUUAUCUGCAUUAGAAAGGUGGGUCUCUUGAAUUAGUUAUUUAUGGGCAUUAGAGAGGUGGGUCUCUUGAAUUAAUUAGUUAUGUGCAUUAGAAAGGUGGGUCUCUUGAAUUAGUUAGUUAUUUGCAUUAGAAUGGUGUGUCUCUUGAAUUAAUUAGUUAUGUGCAUUAGAAAGGUGGGUCUCUUGAAUUAAUUAGUUAUGUUCAUUAGAAAAGUUAGUCUUUUGAAUUAAUUAGUUAUGGGCACUAGAGAGGUGGGUAGGUCUCUUGACUUAAUUAGUUAUAGGCAUUAGAAAGGUAGGUUUCUUGACUUAAUUAGUUAAAAGCAUUAGAAAGGUGGGUCUCUCGACCUAAUUAGUUAAGGGCAUUAGAAAGGUAUCGGUUGCAGAAAAUAGUUUCUGUAGUAAAUUCUAAUUGCGGUGGAUAAAAUAAAUAAAAAAAGACAAAUGAUAGUCGACAAAGUGUCCCCUUUGGUUCGGCAUCGUGCUGGUGAUGAGCUGUUGUCCUAACGAGGCAAACCAUGUUCUCCUUAGCUCACUUAGUCUCACCAUUAUGACUCUGGUUGGUGCAGGUUUCUGUUGACACGCAAUUUAAAAAAAAAAAAUAAUAAUAAUUCGUUGUCGUAAAACCAAAAACAGGAACAGUUAGUGUGCGUUAGUCAGUGACCAAAACAAAUUAUGCUGUAGAUGUACAGCGAUAAACAUACAAUUUAUAUUGUUCUUACAGGUCUGAAAGAUUUUAGUGCGAUUAAACUGUAACUAUACACUGAAUCUUCAUGUACUAAAAUAAAAGCAACAUGGUGGACAUAGUUAUUUAAUAUUUGUAUUUCUCAGCCUGUAACGAACUUGUUAAGAUAUGAAAUACUAGAUUUAAGUUUUUAAUUUUUUUUUUAUUGAUUAAUGGAGAGAACUGACACUAGGGCGUGUACACGGAUUGGGGGGGGGGACGGACGCCCCGGAAUAGAUGUUAUGUUACAUAAUUAAACGCCUCCAUUCUUUAAAUUAGAUAUACCUAACAUGAAUUUGCAAUCUGUGUGCAGGUAUGGCCUGUGAACCAUUUCCCUGAACAAGAAAUUAACAUGGCGUCAAAGGGUCUGGUCAGCAAACACGGGUCUGGCUUUCCCUCGGAACGCAUUCUUAUGCAGGUAAUUCAAAGGCAAUAGAAAUUGUUUGUUUUUUUAACGCAUGAAUCCAUCCUAUUUUCUAUAUCAUUUAAACCAUGUAGUUCUUAAAUUUAAUACUUACAACGGUGAUAAAAUGUAGAUGGAUUUUGGGGCUGCUAACCGCUGUGGUUGAAAUCUUCAUAGAGAGAUCAAACAAAAUCGAAAAUUGCAAAUUUGAUGGUGAAGGCUCGAAUCAGUUUAAAACAAGGAAACCACUGGUGAGAUCAGGGCUCCACUGGUGAGAUCAGGGCUCCACUGGUGAGAUCAGUGCUCCACAGGUGAGAUCAGGACUCCACUGGUGAGAUCAGGGCUCCACUGGUGAGAUCAGGGCUCCACUGGUGAGAUAAGGUCUCCACUGGUGAGAUCAGGGCUCCACUGGUGAGAUCAGGGCUCCACUGGUGAGAUCAAGGCUCCACAAGUCAGAUCAGGAGGGUCAACAGGUCCAUGGGGAAAUCUGGGGACGGUGACACCGCACCGGGUGACACCAAAUCGAAUGACGUCACUGAGUUAUGGGUUAACGCUGACCUAAUUUAACAUUAGCUUAAUAUUUUUUUUUAAGUUGCCAGUUGCUCGAAAAAGCGAAGACCUUUAUUUUGACACCACCACCACCAAAACGCCAGUCUUAAGAUAUGUUCAGUCUGUCAAUAUCAGUUUCUCGAAAGCCAUAUGAUGGUUACAUAACGAAUAGUAUUCAACGAACUAAUUCAUAUGUUGCAAACGUUUUCCCAUUCACUUGCCUUUUGUUGAGUUUAUUUUACGAUAGGAUUUUUAAGCAUAUUUGUAAAACAUAAGUCUUUGAAUCAAGUCAAUUCCAUCCAUUCAUGAAACUGUUUAAAUGCGUUGACCGUGGAGAAAUUUCAUUGGAUUUUUCUUCUUCUGUACGUUUGUUAGUCUAGUUUUCAAGCCUCGCCUGUGCGCCCCUUUCACGUUAAAAAUAAUGAUUCCAUUUGAUUAGAUAUUAUAGGUUUGCCAUUAUAAGGAUUCAGUCAUCUAUCCAUAGAUCACGUACUUACAAGGGUUAUGGAAAUAACGAGGAGAAGCUGCAAUCAGGUUGGAAAAAUGGAAAUGAGCGGAAACAAAAAUGUAUAACGUACAACGGAUAAUGAUCUCUAAUUCUAGUAGGUGUGUAAAUGUAAGUGUAAGCAUUUGUUCAUGUGCCCGGCUAGAUCAGUCCGCACAUAAUGAGACUCACAAUAUCACAGUUGUGGUCUCGAGCAACACUUUGGGCGAAAUGCUUUAAAACUUAUAUGUUUUUCUUACGUACAUUUGAUUUCAUUUUAUGUAAGUAUUAUGAAUAAUGAUCUUUAACUUUUAGUACAACGGUUCUCAAACUGUAUAUCGCGACCCCUUUGGGGGUCGAACGACCCUUACACAGGGAUCACCUUAGACCAUCGGAAAACACAAAUACCCUACAGAUAUGAAGUAGCAACGAAAUUACUUUUGUGGUUGGGGGUCGCCGCAACAUGAGGAAAUAUAUUAAAGGAACACGGCAUUAGAAAUGUUGAGAUCUACAGCUUUAGUAAGUGAAUAAGCAGAAGUGUUAGAUUUUUGUGGUUUUUCCCACACUCUGUUUCGCUCAUUUUCACUCGAAAGUGUUACCACGAUGAAUUGACUUUACCAAGCGAUCUUAAUUUAAAAUACUGUUUUCUCUUUACAUUGUUGUUGCGCAGCGUCACCGAGUUCGCAUCAUCCCAGUCACUCAAGUCGGUUACCACUACAAAAGUCAGACCUCCAGCUUCUUCGUCUACGGCCUGGAACACAAGGUUUACGCCCCUGACUACCCGGCUAAAUGCUGCUGGGGUUGUACGGUCUUGUAGGAUUGCAGGCGACAGACGUCUGGGUUUAUCAUGGAGACUAUUGACUUGCCAAUUUAAUGGAUUUAGAGGGUACGAAGGCCAUUCACUGUUAAAAAAAAUAAUUGAAAAUAUAUAAAGUGACAAUUUUUAAGUUUUACAAAUCGCUUGUAUGUUCAUUUAACCUCUGUAAAUGGCUAUCGCUAGAAAAUCAACUCGGUUUUUUUUUUCUCUACUGGAUUAUAGAAUAAUAAAUUAGAUUUAGGCUGAAGAAAUUCUCAGCAAUUAUAGGUUUCAAGAUGAAGUACACAUAAAGUAAGGUCACUUCGCAAAGCUCAAUCUUUUUGGUUAGGCCACUAAAGCCAAAAUAAACUAUUAUGUUAUUUAGAAACAGUGCAUAGUUUUAUAAUAUUAUGUUAAAUCUAAAACAUGUUUGGCCUAUAAUGUUAAAGCUUUGCAUGUUGGAGCUUUGUAUGUUUGAGCUCCAGAGAGCAAGUCUGAAGUGUGUUUGAAAAUGUUUUUUAAAAAAUAAUUUUUUGUUUUUUUUAAACUUUAUAUUUAAAUAACUUCAUGUUGUUAGUGGCGUCAUUACAACUUUAAAUAUUUAUGUUUAAAAAAAAAAGAAUAUUUAGUUGUAAGUUGUACGGUAUUUAAUGUUUGUCUUUAGAGAUAAUUGGUGUUAUUUCAAUUAUUAUAUGGUAUGCUCAAUGCAUUAGACGCAUGUGUCCAAAGAUAUUUCAAUAUAUUUGAAUAUAUUUCAUUGAAUUUUCGUAUGUCCAAUAUGUUUCACGCUAUUUAAAGUAUAUUUGAAACCAUUUGAUGCAUGUUUCAAAAUCUUAAAUGUGUGUUUCAAUGAAUAAUUGUAAAUAUUUUAAAAUGUUUUCGCUGUUCGUUGUAAAGUGCUUGUUUUUUUAAAAAAAAAGGAAUUGUAAAAAAAUAAAAGUUUUGCUUUCAGUUUA